CUCGGUUUGAAGCUGGCCGACAAUGACAACUGUCGGUCUGUGCUGCUCUCGUUAUCUUUCUCUCUUUUUUGUUCCAUCCUUGAUCCCCUGCCAUCUCACCGCGCCCUUCACGUUCAGCAGGCUAACGAAAACGCUCUGCAAUACUUUGUUCGAGCUGAUACCGACGAAAGAUGCAGUUCCUGACAGGUGCCAUCCGGUCCGCGGCCGCCGCGAGGUCCGCAACUGCUUCCGCCAAGUCAAUCGUCCCGAGCAUGGCUGCCGCUGCUAGACACGCGAAUGUCCGCAGCUACGCCUCGCACCACGAGGAAGAAUCGUACGAGUCCUUUACCGAGCGAUAUGUCACCUUCUUCUCGUCGGUCCAAGAUCUGUUCGAGCUCCAACGCGGCCUGAACAACUGCUUCGCGUACGAUCUCGUCCCCGCUCCAGAGGUUGUGGAGGCAGCUCUGCGCGCUGCGCGUCGCGUCAACGACUACAGCACCGCCGUCAGAGUCUUCGAAGGCGUCAAACAGAAGGUCGAGAACAACCAGCAGUACCAGCAGUACCUUGACGCACUCAAGCCUGUCAAGGAGGAGCUCGGCAUCAGCCUCAAGGAGGAGCUCUACAGCCCAUGAUUCUGUUCCAUUUUUGCCUCGGGCGGAAGAACAGAUGCGACGUGCCAGGGGAAGACAGAGAGAGUGCGCGAGUAAGGCAGGAUAGCAGGCAGACAUGCAGGCAGGCAGGCAUGCUCGCGCUCUUAUAGACAGAGGCCGCUCGCUACAGGGUCUCAGUUGCAGAGAAUGUACCAUGCCUUAUGGCAUUACUUGGACCGGCGGACGAGUGCGUAGAUGUAUCGACUCGCUUUCCGAUCCAUGUUUCAAAAACGCCCAAUUGAAAUUGGCAUAGCAUCGACUA